AUGGCAGACCAGUGUGAUGGAGACCAUCCAUAUGUGGAUGUCAGCAUGAUAAAGUUCCCAGGAGAACGUAAAACAUUCCCUAGCUGGGAAAUAGGUGUUAAAGUGACCAUUGUGGCAAGCAUGGAGUUGAUAGCCAUUGUAGGAAACUUACUUAUCAUUCUGAUCGUUUGGCAGAAUAAGAAGAUGAGGACAGUGACUAACUACUACAUAGUUAACAUGGCCGUGUCCGACCUGUUUGUCGCCUCGUUCUCAAUAUGGAUGCAUCUGGUUGAUGAUGUGACUGAAGGAUGGACAGUCGGCGGGUUCAUGUGUAAAUUCAACCCAUUCGUCCAAAUUACUGCUAUGUGUGCUAGUGUGUUUACACUGAUGGCCUUGGCAUGUGACAGAUUUUUUGCCAUCAUGUUCCCAUUGAAGUCGAGAGUAACUCAAAGGAAAGUCAGCAUUGUUGCGGUAUUUGUGUGGUUAUCCUCUAUUUCCAUCGGCAUACCUGUGCUUUUCGUCUAUACAUACACCGAACGUAAAUGGAGCGACUUUACGGAGAAAUUCUGUACGGACGUGUGGCCCGCUGUGCAGGAGGCGGACGGAGACUGUGACAGUGGGCGACAGUCUCGACGUGCCUUUUGGACAUGUGUCGUUGUUGUUCUUAACUGGAUCCCAUUGGUCGUAAUGACAAUAACAUACAGUGUCCUUUUCGUAAGACUCCGCAAACAGAAAAUAGUGCCAAGUACUGGGUCGAUAUCUAUGUCAUCGGUUCAACAAAAGUCUAAGAAAAAGGUUGUGAAGAUGUUAUUUGCAGUCCUCCUAGCGUUCAUAUUCUGCACCAUUCCUUUCCAAGUGGCGAAAUUGUACGAGCUCUACAGAGAAGUAGAGGAUCAGACGGGAAACAGCAAGCUACCAGACUGGUACAAUCCUGUGUAUUUCGCCGCAGUAACGCUUUUGUACGCAAACAGUGCCAUCAACCCCAUGGUGUACGGCGGUAUGAACGAAAAUUUCCGGAAUGGUCUUAAGGACAUUAUCAGCAGCAUAUUUACCAAGCAUGGAAGCCACAGACGUGACUCCGGCAGAAGUCUUAACAUCUCUGAGACUAGACAAUCUGUUAUCAGCAAAUACAACGGCAGCAUGCACAGAGAUUCCAUACAAGCAUUUUCCAACGCGGAAAUCCAAGAAGGAUCAGAUACUUUGGACAAAGUGAAUGAUUCCAAACACAAGGAAAGUGAUAACAUGUCAAAUGGAUGCAUCAACCAAUCUAUGGAGUUAUAA